AUGGGAUACUCUAAACUCACAUAUCUUUACGGAUAUUCCAUCACCCUCCUCCUCAUUGUAUUAUUUAUCCUUCUCUUAACAGGACAGAUAGAUCUUUUUUCAAUACUGUCGUCCACUAGCCCUCACUCUUGGGCGUUGCUUGGCAUAGCGUUCUGCAUAGGAUUUAGUGUUGUCGCCGUGGGCAUUACGGGAAGCACCGCCGCCCUGGCAGAUGCACAGAAUCCUGCAUUAUUCGUUAAAAUUCUCGUGGUCGAAAUUUUUGGGAGUAUCGGUCAAAAGUUCUGGGAGGCUAUCUCCGCUGAACACGGCCUUGACCCCACGGGCGCAUACCACGGAGACAGCGACCUACAAUUGGAGCGUAUCAACGUAUACUAUAAUGAAGCGGUUGGUGGAAAAUAUGUCCCAAGGGCUAUACUGAUAGAUCUUGAGCCCGUGACCAUGGAUUCCAUCCGAUCCAGCCCAUAUGGUGCCCUCUUCCGACCAGAUAACUUUGUGUUCGGUCAAUCUGGUGCUGGCAACAACUGGGCCAAAGGUUAUUACACUGAAGGUGCCGAAUUGGUCGACUCCAUCCUAGACGUCCUUCGCAAAGAAUCAGAAUCGACCGAUUGUCUCCAAGGCUUUCAAGUGACCCACUCUCUCGGUGGGGGUACGGGUUCCGGUCUCGGUUCGUUGUUGUUGUCCAAGAUCCGUGAAGAGUACCCAGAUCGCAUGCUGUGUACAUUCUCCGUAGUUCCGUCACCAAAAGUGUCAGAUACUGUCGUUGAACCGUAUAACGCAGUACUUUCAGUUCAUCAAUUGGUGGAAAACAGCGACGAAACCUUCUGCAUUGAUAACGAGGCUUUGUAUGAUAUUUGCUUCCGCACGCUAAAACUGACGAAUCCAAGUUAUGGCGAUCUCAACCAUCUCGUGUCGGCCGUCAUCAGCGGUAUCACGACCUGCUUACGAUUCCCCGGCCAGUUAAACAGUGAUUUAAGGAAACUCGCCGUCAAUAUGGUUCUUAAUCAAUCCUCGCAAUUACUCGAAGUUCCCUUCCCACGUUUACAUUUCUUCAUGGUCGGCUUUGCUCCGUUGACCUCACGUAGCUCCCAAGGCUUCCGCGCUCUAACUGUACCAGAAUUAACAGCUCAAAUGUUCGACUCCCGAAACAUGAUGGCCGCUUCGGACCCUCGUCACGGUCGUUACUUGACCGUUGCCACCAUUUUCCGCGGAAGACUUUCUACCAAGGAAGUCGAGCAACAGAUGCACAUGAUCCAAACCAAGAUGAGCUCCUACUUUGUUGAAUGGAUCCCGUCAAGUGUGAAGACUGCCGUGUGUGAUAUUCCUCCGAUCGGUCUCACGAUGUCUGGUACCUUUGUCGGUAAUAGCACAGCCAUCCAGGAACUCUUCAAACGCAUAAAUACGCAGUUCACCGCUAUGUUUAGACGAAAAGCCUUCUUACAUUGGUAUACCGGUGAGGGUAUGGAUGAAAUGGAAUUUACCGAGGCCGAAUCUAACAUGAAUGACUUGGUUUCCGAAUACCAGCAAUAUCAAGAAGCAUCCACUGAAGAGGAUGGCGAAUACGAAGAAGGUGGAGAAGAAGAGUACGCUGCCGAAGAGGAUGCCGAAUAA